AUGAAGGUCCUUUACAUUGGUGUUCUCAAGAAUGAGAAAAAGCCCGCGAUCGAACUCACCGCCGAGCGCGACCUGAGUAGUUUCGGCCGCUUUACACGCGGUAGCGUCUCCGAGUUCAUGUCCUUCACAGCAAAAACAGUCGCUGCGAGAACUCUUCCAGGACAAAGACAAGAUGUCGAAGAGUCAGACUACACAUUCCACGCCUACGCCCGUUCAGAAGGUGUCUGCGGCCUCAUAAUCACCGACCACGAAUACCCCUCUCUCGUAGCCCAUCAGCUUCUCUCCAAAGUCUGCGACGAGUUUCUCGCCAAAUACCCAAAGCCCGCCUUUGCCAAUGCGACCGACCCAGCCAACAUGUCCUACCCCGAGCUAAAAGACUACAUUGUUAAAUACCAAGACCCACAACAAGCCGACAGUAUCAUGAAGAUUCAAAAGGAGUUGGACGAGACCAAGAUCGUUUUACACAAGACCAUCGAGAGUGUCUUGGAGCGAGGAGAGAAGAUUGACAACUUGGUUCAGAAGAGUGAUGAGUUGAGUGCAUCGAGCAAGAUGUUCUACACACAGGCCAAGAAGCAAAACUCUUGCUGCAUCGUUAUGUAA